AUGGAGAACGGCGCGGCUUCUGAGGGCAAGGACCCUUCUGGCUUCCUCAGCGAAAUCAUCGGUGCGCCUGUUACAGUCAAGCUGAACUCGGGUGUCGUCUACAAGGGUGAACUGCAAUCCGUGGACGGUUAUAUGAACAUUGCGCUUGAGAAAACCGAGGAAUACGUCAACGGUCAACGACGAAGAACAUAUGGCGAUGCUUUCGUGAGAGGGAACAACGUGAUGUACAUCAGCUCCGACUCAUGA